AAAAAAAAAAUGUCUUCAUUGAUUAUUCCAUGUGUUCUUACUUCUCCACAGGAUGAUGCUGCCCAACUUCAUAAAGCCUUUAAAGGUUUUGGUUGUGACACUGCUGCUGUUGUCAAUAUUCUUGCACAUAGAGAUGCAACACAACGUUCUCUAAUUCAACAUGAGUAUAAAGUUAUGUACCAGAAGGACCUCAACAAACACUUGAAAUCUGAGCUUAGUGGCAAUCUCGAGAAAGCAAUUUUAUUAUGGAUGUAUGAUCCAGCCACUCGAGAUGCUGUAAUAGUAAAGGAAGCAUUAUGUGGAGAAACAAUUCAUCUUAGAAGAGCCACAGAAGUAUUAUGUUCUCGUACGUCAACUCAAAUUCAGCAGUUAAGACAAGUUUACCUGUCCAUGUUUCAAUCAUAUAUUGAACAUGAUAUUGAACAAAGUGCUUCUAGUGAUCACAAAAAGCUGUUAUUGGCUUAUGUUAGUAAACCACGGUAUGAAGGGCCAGAAAUAGACAGAAACUUGGUAGAGAAAGAUACCAAAGCUUUGUAUAAAGCAGGAGAGAAAAGAUGGGGAACUGAUGAGGACAAGUUUAUUCAAAUUUUUAGUGAAAGUAGCCGUGCUCAUCUUGCUGCUGUUAGCCAUGCUUAUAAACAAUCAUAUGGCCACUCUCUUAAAAAGGCAAUAAAAAAUGAAACUUCUGGUUAUUUUGAGUAUGGCCUUCUAACUAUUGUGCGUUGUGCUGAGAAUCCUGCGUUGUACUUUGCAAAGAUUUUGCACAAAGCAAUGAAAGGCCUGGGAACUGAUGACUCUACAUUAACAAGGAUAAUUGUGACAAGGACAGAGAUAGACAUGCAAUAUAUAAAGACAGAAUAUCACAGGAAGUAUAAGAAAACAUUGCAUGAUGCUGUUCAUUCUGAGACAUCAGGUAGUUAUAGGGACUUUCUUCUUUCCUUGUUGGGCUAG